AUUUGUUUGGUAAAGAACAUAGAGCUACUUUGGGAAGUCUUUGUUACCACAUGGAGUCAGCUGCAAGCCCUCAAUGAGGUAUCAUGGUGCUGAAGGGCAAUAAAAAGCUCAGCCUCUCAGUGCGAUCAGUCGGGCGGAUUCCAGGCGGCUACGUCACCAACCACGUUUACACCUGGGUGGACCCUCAGGGCCGGAGUGUGUCCCCUCCUCCUGACCUGACGGUGCAUCGCAGCGCCACCCUGAGGAGAACUGACAGCCAGCGGCGCAGCAACAUGCAGCUUCUGCAGGACGGGGACGAGAAGAAGGUCAACUUGGUAUUGGACGACGGCCGGUCUCUGGGUCUGAUGAUCCGGGGGGGGGCAGAAUAUGCGCUGGGGAUUUACAUCACGGGCGUGGACCAGGGAUCAGCAGCAGAGUGUGGAGGACUCAAGGUCGGAGAUCAGAUAUUGGAGGUGAACGGGCACAGCUUCCUGAGCAUCCCACACGACGAGGCCGUCCGGGUCCUGAAGUCGUCUCGGCACCUGAUGAUGACGGUGAAGGACGUGGGCCGCCUGCCGCACGCCAGGACGGUGGUGGGGGAGACCAAGUGGAUCGCCAGCUCGCAGAUAGGGGAGAGCUCGGCCAACAGCAGCAUCGCAGGCUUUUUGGGUGGCACUAAGACUAAAGGUAUUUUGAAACCUGGUUUCUAUAAAGGCGUGGCGGUCCAGGUGACCCUGUCCAGCCUGGUGAACCAGACGCGGGCCAUGCUGGAGGAGCCGCGCCACCUGCUGACGGAGGUGGAGCGGCAGACCAUGGGCUACUACGUGGAGGAGUACGGAAGGACACAUCGGGGUGGAGCAGCUGGUGGUGCGCUGUUUGAGCGGCAUACGCACGCAAAGUUCUCUCUGCUGUCAGAGGUCGAGGCCUGUCACCCCUCAGGACUGGAGCACUUUGACGCGCUGGUGCUGAGACGAGAAAUUCAGGCUCUUAAAGCGCGACAGGGGCCAGCCGGAGCCACGGCACUGCAGCAAGACUCCCUGUCCAUGGUGUCGUACCCAGACACUCUGACCUCAUCUUCAGCCAGCUUCAUGACCAACACCACCCUCAGCUCUGCACGGAACGACAGCGCGGUGGACAGUAAUAAGGCGGAUCCCCCGGAGAGUCUGAACACGCUUCUGUCCGACAUCUCUCUGGACGACGUACAGUCCACCCCAGCUGAAUCCCCCCCCUCCUUCAAGCCUCCGCCCCCACCAGGGGUGCAGAGGCGGCCAACUAGACGAGAUCCGGUCAACAAAAGCCCCUCGUCCGAAUCCUCCCACUCAGGCCUGUACUUCACAGCCCCGUCCAAUCACCAGCGCAGCAGAGAGCCAGGACACGCCCCCGCCUUACCCUCACUGCACAAACGGGAGCACCCCAGGGAGCCCUCCCGGGACUACGCGGUCAUUAAAAAGAGAGAACCCACGGUACCUUCCAGGAGAGAACAGAUAGCUGCUGCUCAGCUGUCUAAGCUCACACAGCACAACAUUGGCCCUUUCCCCAGGGUCCUGUCCCCCAGCAGGGGCACCAGACCCGCUGCCCCGUCCCCUUCACCUCCACCUCCACCUCCACCUCCACUCCCUGCCCCUCCUCCACCCCCUUCUCUUCCUUUUAAACCAGUGUCCAUGUCCAAAGCCCCCCCCUCCUCUCCGGGCUCUAAGCAGCAGUUUGUUACGGUGGAGGUUCACAGGCCCAACGCAGAGCCCGACGUCAACGAGGUGCGGCCCCUUCCCCAAACUCGAGGUGGCGCUCUGUCUCAGCUGUCAGACAGCGGCCAGACCCUCAGUGAGGACAGCGGGGUGGACAUAGCUGAGUCAGGACACAUCAGCAAAGACAGCAGCACCCACUUCUCACACACACGCCACCCCCGGGACACCCAGGGGGGCGGGGGGGACCACCCCUCCAAACCGCCGGGGCUGUUGGAGCCCACCUCCUCCCUGGUGAGGGUGGCAAAGAGCGCCAGCACUUUGGGGAUCGCCAUUGAAGGCGGAGCCAACACGCGCCAGCCCAUUCCACGAAUAGUCACAAUACAGAGGGGGGGUUCAGCUCAUAACUGCGGGCAGCUGAAGGUGGGUCAGGUGAUCCUGGAGGUGAACGGGGCGACCAUGAGGGGCCGCGAGCACAGGGACGCCGCACGCCUCAUCGCAGAGGCCUUCAAGACCAAAGAGAGGGACUACGUGGACUUCCUGGUGACCGAUUUUAACGUGGCGCUAUAGCUGAGUGGAGGAGACGGCAACAUGACAGGAAGAAAUUGUCUAUUGUUUUAAAUGGCACAACUCUUUUAAACAAACACAAAGGAACCGACUGAUCUCUGAGCCCUUCAGUCUGGAUAUAUGAUUUUUCAUUACCGUGGACUUUGUUCAGGAUUCUCCUCAACGUGUUACCUCCGCACUGUGAGACCUUAUGCACUAAAUGGAAAGUAGUGAAACCUUUUAUUUUUCUCCUUGUGGAUUUACGGAACUCCUUGUAGCACUUCCUCUUCCUUUGGUCAGUUUAUUAUUAUUAUUGAUUUUUUCGCUUCUACCCGAGAAACAACCGCACAUCUAAGACUGAUCCACGCUCGACUUUACAAGCCUGGAUUUGUAAAUGUAAAAAUGAACAAAUGUAGAUACAGAUGCCUAUAUAUACUGUACACAUAAAGAUACUCCUAUAUGAAUUAUAAAACCCGUAACCUCCAUUGCAUCAUCAGCAUAUAGUGAUAUAUUUAAAGAUGAUGAUGAUGAUGAUGCCGGCCAUCCUGGUGAUUCUACAUAUUUUAUAGUGAUGCUACCAGCCUGUCUGCGUUUAAGCACUCUUUCACAAUAAGAAGAAUGAUAUGUCAAGCUAACAGAAAUACACGUUACAUGCUUUAACAUAAACAUACAUGUAUGAGGGAAGGGCACCACGCAAAUGCACCUCAGUUCCUGUUUCUUUCCACUUCCAUGUUUAUAUGUAUUUUUCACUACUUUAUGAACUCUUAAACAGCUGAAUUUUCAAUUCUGUGAAAGCAAGAUAAACGAUCAAGGCUUCAUUUUUUUACUUUAUUGGCAAACAACACAUUUCUAACACCUGAACUGAAGCCAUGCUUCCUAGUACACACUAAAACACAAUGUCGUUCAGAGUCUGUUUCUCCACGCAGCAAUUUUGAAAAGCUUAGUAUUCAUUUUUCCCAAAAUGCUGCAUCAAAUAUUUACUUUCACAUUUUGCCAGUUCUGUUUUGAGAGUGAAUAAAAUCCCAAAUGUGUUUCCUCAGACUGCUCAGCUCUGCUCCUGCUACUCUUACAAUUGCUAAUGUUUCUUUUUUUAUUUCAUAGUUUUAAUUAUAUACGCCCUGUGGGGGGGGAGGGGCUUGCUGCAGCCAUGCUCAGUGAAGCAAUUAAACCCAAGAGGGGAGUGAUGAGACAUUUAGAGGACGACGACACUGCCAAAGAUUCGAGAAAUUUUAAUCUUCGACACAAAUUCCAUCCGCUCAUAGAAAAGCAAUUAGGAGAUAAGCAAUCAGGUGGAGUGAGAGACCGAGAGGGAGAGCGGCAAAAGUAACAUGUGAGACGUGAUUGUUGUUGUGAUGAUUUCCCUUCCUCUCAGGAAGAGUGCGAGCGUGGAGAGGAUGUACAGGAAACAUCCUCCCUGUGUGCAGUUAUGAAGUCAUUAGAAUAAUUCAUUUUAAGUGUUCUGACAUUGGACGUGUGUGUAUGUCUGGAGUUAAUGGGUGAAAAGAUACAUAUGCUCAAAACAAGGAGACUGCAAAUAAAGACUAAUGUAAAUGUCCUCCAGGGAGCUGCUGUGAGACGCAGGAGGAAGUGAUGCAGGAGUCUGGGCAGCUCUGUGAGGAAUCAAACACUCCUGAAUCAUUCUGCUGACAACUCUGAGAAACACAUGCUCUGUGUACACCAUACUCAUUCAAAAUGUCAACCUUUAAUGAAGAACAACAAAAGGUUGUUUUUUGAAAGGUCAUACCCACAUCCUUGCCCCGUAAUGCCCGAUUAUGAGCCCGUUGUAUUUAUUUUGUAAAGUCUUUCAGACCAGACAUUAAUCGAUUACUCAAUUUACAAGUGGGAUAUUUUAGUGCAUGGAUGGACUUUGGCCCCGAGACGCUGAUGAAUGUUUGUGACUCUGAUUUGGUCUCCAGCUGCUUUUUUUACCAGCUUGUUUCGAACUUUGUCCGUCUGUUGUUUGGUGUCAAAUUCGAAAUGUGGGCUUUGUGAAAAAAGAUAGUAGGACGAGAGGAAGAAGGAGAGGAAGAACAAGGAUUCAAUCAGAGAAGAACUUUAGUAAUACUUUAUCGAUCGCAGAGGGACAAUGUAUUGUUGUACUAACAACUAACAAACUCUAGAUCUACACAUGCACCAACAGGACUUAUCAUAAAGAGCUGUUUGGUUAGAUGAGGGUUUGGUGCCUUGCUCAAGGGUUCCGUGGUAGAGGCCACUCUCCAGCUACUAAUCCACACUGUGGUGAAACAAAGUACUACUACAAACACAGUCGGAGCGUCCAUUGCAAGCUAACUUCAAACUUUACUACAGUGGGUAAAAUGGUGGUCGAAGUUGUAUGAAUUACGAAGACACCCCAAAUACGCCUUUAUACAUACAGUAUACUCUGUGUGCUGUUAAACCAAAACAAUUAGCUAAUACUACAAAACCUAGUAGAGUUGCCGAACAGUUAGUACCAUAUGUUAACACAACAAAAUGUCCCUUCUCACCCUGCAUCUCUCACAAUAUGUGUAAUAAGCGCAGACAUGGAAUUCCUCAUCUUAAAAUAUGUAAAAUUAUGCAAAUGUCUGUUAUUGGGUUGUGUCCAAUUCAACACUGACUGAGCAUCAUUUGAACUUUGUUUUGAGUCUUUUUCAGCCCACAUCCUCUUGAGGACAGAGCCCAGAUGUGUUUUGGCACAGGAUCGGGAUGCGUAUAUUUGAAGACAAACAGGAAAAGAUUGAUAUAUAUUUUAACGUGGCUGCCUACAAAACCAGACAGAUAUUCAGGAAUGUUUAAAUAUCCUGCCUCACAGAGCGAGGAGUAAAAAGACAGUCCACAUGAAAGUAGUGACAGGAAGAAGUCAAUCCAGAUGGGAUAAGUCCACUGGGUGACACAAAAAUGACAUCAUGAAACUAACACUUUUAAGCUAAGGCUUUUAAAGAGGCUCUUGUCCUGUUGCUAACAUGUUAGUAUAGCUCAUGUUGACCAUAAAUAAAACACCAGGCUUGAUCAUUAGUUAUUGUAUUAAUCUCUAGCAUCAGUUUAGUUACUGAGGGCCGCAUGGAGCAGCUCUUAUUUAUUCAUACAUUUAGCGUCUGAGAGCCGAUCAAUAUCUGGAAGAAAUAUAUACUCGCCACAACCGCAAACAAACUUAAAAUGCUAGUGUGUGUGUGUGUGUGUGUGUGUGUGUGUGUGUGUGUGUGUGUGUGUG